AUGUCGGUGUCGGAGCGGACCUCAAAGCAAGCAAGCUGCAAGAGUGCUGCGUUCGGGAGCUUCUACCAGGCCAACUUGGUGGAAACCGGCCUUUUGGAGGAGGGAGAGUGGGUGGCCUUCCUGGACAGCCUGAGCAAGCCGCUGCCCACAACGUUCUGGAUCACUCCCACGGAUCGGGACGCUGACAGAGUGAGAGGUGCCCUGCGACGGUUCUCUGCCGCCGCCGACGAGAGUUCCGAGGGUGAUGGCCAGAGGCCAUGCGUGCGUACGCUGCCAUGGCUGCCGGAAGACAUGGGUUGGCGGGUGGACAUUCCGAAGGUCCUGCUUCGCAAGGACGGCCGCUUCAAGCCGCUGCAUGAGAUGCUGAUCCAAUACACCGCGCAGGGCACCAUCAACCGCAUGGAGGAGGUGUCCAUGCUGCCAGUGGCGCUUCUGGACAUCCGGGCGGGGCACCUGUGCCUGGACACCUGCGCCUCCCCGGGCAGCAAGACGGCGCAGAUGCUGAGCUGCCUCUCCCAUGCAAACUUCAAGAAGUGGGGCAGGGGAUUGGAGAGUAUCAGCAGCGAUGAGGUGAAGCAGUGCGCCAACUUCUUGCAGGGCCGCAUCGACUAUUCUUUGCAGGAAGGCUGCGUUGUGGCAAACGAGAUCUCGGCAGAGCGAGCUGGAAUGCUGGUGCAUCAGAUUGCCAGGCACCAGCGGCUGUAUCCACUGGCAUUGUUCACCUCCCACGAUGCGCGCUUCUUCCCCAGCAUCCGGGCGCCCGAUGGGCGCGGGGUGCGCUUCGACCGGAUCCUGUGCGACGUCAUGUGCUCCAGCGACGGCACUCUGCGGAAGGCACCACACCUGUGGCGGGAGUGGUCGAGCAAACACAGCCUCGAGCUGCACCCGGAGCAGCUGGCCGUGGCGCGCCGGGCCGCGCGCUUGCUGAAAACCGGGGGCCGCAUGGUGUACAGCACCUGCAGCUUCUCCCCGGUGGAGAACGAGGCGGUGGUGGCGGAGCUGCUGGGAAACCCGUGCCUGGCUCUGGUGGAUGUGCGCGAGCAGCUGGCCCUGCGCACGGCGCCAGGGCUGCCGACUUGGAAGGUGGCGGUGGGCGGCCGACUCUUCGGCAGCUUCGCGGAGGCGGAGGCUGCCGGAGCCAAGAAGCUGCUCCCAGGCUUUUUCCCGCCGGAAGAGGAGUCCCUCAGAUCCGAGCUCAAGAAGUGUGUCCGGGUGCUGCCGCACCACAACGACACAGGAGGCUUCUUCGUGGCAGUCCUUGAGAAGGUGGCAGAAGCAAGCCGAGAGUCUGACACAACACUGGGCUAUGACAGCGCCCUGGACAGCGACGGGGAGGAGGCGGAGCGCCGAAAACAGCUGGAACGGCUGGAGGAGGCCGUGGCAACAGGCCGCAGCGAGCAGGAGCGCGCCAAGGCGGAGGCGCGGCGCGAGCGGGCCAGGACCUCAGGGUCGUUGGCACGUGAGCUGGCCCGGUACUGCAGCCUGGAAGCCAUGCCAGAGCAGGCUGCCGCACUUCGAAGCGCCUAUGGCCUCCACGAGACGUUGCCGGAGUCCCUGCUCUUCAGCCGCCACCACUUGGAGCUGGGCGCAGAUGGUGCGUUGGUGCAGACACACCAAGGAGAGGCGAACCAGCUGCUGUUGCUGGCCAAGUCUGCUGCGGAAAUUCUCUGCUUUGGCACCGGAGGUCAUGCAAAGAGGAAGCUGAAGGUUAUUGCAGGCGGCCUCCGUGUCUUCGAAAAGGAUCGCUUCGAGGUGCCCGCGCGCUCCACGCAUUUCAGGUUUGCUCAAGAAGCGCUGGAGCUGGUGCUGCCGUACGUUGGGCGGCGGGUUGUUAAGCUCGAGGACCCGGCAGACGCACAGCUCCUGCUGAGCCGCCGCGACGCGGCGGUGGCGGUGCUGCGUUCACCAGGGAGCGCGGGGCUGGAGGCUCUCAGCCCAGGUGGUUGCAUUCUGCUGUUGCGCACAGCAACCAGCGAGUGGCUGCCGGUCUCUGCGCUACGCACCCAAAAGGACUUCGAGCCCCUGCUGGGCGCGCCAGAGGUGGGGUUCUGGCAGGAGCUGAGCCGCCGGAAGCUGGACCUCUGGCGCUUGGAUUCCUCAAACGUGCCGUUGACAGCUUACUACGAGGCCUCGCAGGCCAGCGGCGUCCCUGCAAAGUGCUUCCUGCAGAAGGAUGCCUUUGAGUGCGGACCUGCGCCCUCUGGAGCGGCCAAAGUUCUUGGGGAGCUGAAAAACUUCAACACUGAGGAGGAGUUUCGUACCUUUCUGGGGAAUGCCGAAGCCAGGCAAGCCUCUUUGGCCGAGGCUGUCAAUCAGAUUUGCAGUGACAUCGCUUCUGGCGCAGCGCUGCAGGAUCCUUCCAAGCUCAGGCGGCUGAUGCUUUGUACCUUCGCAGACCUCAAGAAGUUCCACUUCUCCUACCUCCUCACGCUGCCGGCGCUGCGGGGCUCCCCCUGGGCGCCGGUGAGCCGCCAGGCGGCCGACCGGGAGCAGGUGGCGGCCGUGGCCAAGGGCCUGCGCGAGCAGGACUUUGGGGGACUGUGCCUGCUUGUGCGGGGCUCCGGCUGGUCCCUGCGGCCACUGGCCGAGCUGCCCUCGGUCCAGGUGGAUUCCGAGGAGGACCUCAUCACCGUCUUUGUCGAUCCAUCCUCCGAGGAGGCGCCCGGCUGGCCGCUGCAGAACGCCCUGGUGCUUCUUGCCAAGUACCGCCCCGGGAAGCGGCGUAUCUUAGCCUUCCGAGAUCCCCAGCUCGGAGGUCAAGGCUAUAGCUCAGGCCCGCUCCGGUCCCAGCUCCUCACCUUUGAGGUUCCGCCGGAGGCCGCCAGCGCCAGCGACUGCCGCGCUGGCUGGUCGAAGAUAGCGACCAUGGACUUGACGCGGUUCAUGGACUCCAAGACGGUUGCGGCCAAUGCCGUUGACCUGAACAUCAAGCUCAUGAAGUGGCGCGUGCUGCCAGCUUUGGAGCCAGAGAAAAUGAAGGACCUCCGGGUGCUGCUGCUGGGCUCGGGGACCCUGGGCUGCGGCGUGGCCAGGGCCCUCAUGGGCUGGGGCUGCAGGCACAUGACCUUUGUGGAUGGCGGGAAGGUGUCCUUCUCGAACCCGGUCCGUCAGAGCCUCUUCACCCACAAGGAUGCAGCCGAAGGCCGCAAGAAGGCGACUGCCGCCCGAGAAGCUGUGGAGGCCAUUCUUCCGGAUGCAGAGGUGGCGGACGUGGUGCUUGACAUUCCAAUGCCAGGGCACCCGCAUCAAUCCGCAGAAGGCCUGCGCAGCAACAUCGCAAAGCUGCAGGAGCUUGUGGAUGCCCACGACGUGAUCUGCAUGCUGACGGAUUCCAGAGAGUCACGAUGGCUACCCUCCCUGAUGGUGGCGGCGGCCCAGUCACAGGAGGGCAAGACUCCACCCUUGGGACUCACCGUGGCGCUGGGCUUUGACUCCUUCUUGGUGUCCAGGCAGACCUACAGGAAUGCUCCAGCAGCCUGCUACUUUUGCAAUGACGUGACAGCGCCCUCGGAUUCUCUGGCCUUCAGGACGCUGGACCAGCAGUGCACCGUGACCCGGCCCGGCAUCUCCGGGCUCGCCAGCAACUGCGCCGUGGAGCUGCUGGCGGCGCUGACGCAGCACCCGGACGGCUUUGCAGCCGAGUCAUCCAAUUCGUCCAACGCUUGCCUCGAGUCUCCCUUGGGCGGCGUGCCCCAUCAGGUUCGAGGCUUUGCAGCUGACUAUGCGUUGUCCCCCACAGAGACCGAGCCCUUCGUGCAUUGCAUUUGCUGCUCGCAAAAGGUGCUGCAACAAUAUGCCGCAGAAGGAGUCCCAUUUAUUGAGAAGGUCAUCGCUGAUUCGUCCAUACUGGAGGAGAUUUCCGGCCUCGCGGAGAUGAAAGCUGGCAUGUGUGAGGCUGAGGUGGAAGCCUUUGAUGACUUCGACGACCUCUGA